UAUAUAAAAAAAUAAAAAAAAAAAAGGUCGCGAGUCGAAACAGAGAGGAUUGAGCUCAGGUCGAGCAUAGCAAGCUCUAAUUCCCUCCUACUAGCUACCUUUUUGUGAAUUGGCUUCAUUGAUCAUUCUUCAGGAGAAAGGUCAAUUACCCAAAAAAAAUUGAGAACACUGCUUGGACACGGUUUCUAUCCCCAGUUGGUCUUUUCCGGAAAAAUAAAAAACAACUUCCUUGUGAUAUUGUAUAUGAGCAAAUUAUUUUCAUAUGAGAAAAUGAAUAGCAAUUUUUCUUUCAUUGUUUUUAAAAAUACGGUCAUUUUAUCCCCCAUGUGUUUCUUAAAAAUGAAGCAAUUUACCUCCCUGUUACUGUACCCUUAAGGAGCUAAAUUGCUUCGUUUUAAAAAAAUACAGGGGGAAAUUGUAUUAUUUUUUCGUAGAGAGAUAAUUUACUAUUUUACAAUGUCACAUGAUUGCUAUUAUUUUUUUGUAAGAGGAUAAUUUGUUUGUUUUUAAUAUCACAUGUAAGUAAAUUGCAUUAAAGCACCGUCCACACAAUAUCACAUGUUUGGAACUUUAUGUAAUCUAGAUGAGUGUUUUCUUUGCUGUGUUGUCAAAGCACCGUCCACACAAUAUCAAUCCUAUUGUGCAAUUUGGAGCUGAUUGCCGCUGACUUUUCUACUCUAACAACUCUUUUGUUUGGGCUUCAAGUGAUCAGCAACAGACGGAAGUCAUAGAAGAAUCAACGACUCUGACUCAAGAUUCGGCUUUGUGGUGUAACUGUGUAGCAUAAUUUCCACAUCCCUGUUGUGCUGUUGGAGAGAUGUGUGCAGUCAUGAAAACAAGCUUUAGAUGGAUUAGGAACUAACCAAGAAAAUGGCAACUGAUCAUCGUUUCUUGCUUGUUUUUCUGAUCAUCUGCAGCGCCUCAACGCUCUUGCAAGCUGCAGAGAUAAAAGCAGAAGCAUCAGGUGAUUGCCAAAGGAAAUGUGGUGAUAUAGAAGUUCCUUAUCCAUUUGGCAUGAGCAAGGGAUGCUACCUCGAUGAAACAUUCAGAAUCAUUUGCAAUGAGUCAACUGGUUCUGCUUCUCUAGCUUUGUUAGACUGGGAGGUAGAGAGCAUCAAUAUCUCAAUGCACACGCUGCGACACAAGAAUUUCAGAGGUGUAACGAUUCCGUUUAAUGGAUCAGGAGGGCCUUAUGUUUCUUUCUUCCCACUGGUUGUACGGCAGCAUUACAGUAUACCCAAGGCCAUGAAUCAGUUUGUCGCAAUGGGGUGUGAUAUUGUUGUCUACCUUAUUGAUGAAGACACCAGCAAGGUCCAGGGAUCGUGCUCGUCUCUUUGCAACCCCAACGAGACAGUCCCUGUGCAGCUUUCUUCUUGUUCCGGCCUGUUUUGCUGCGAGAUAAGUUUCCCAGAAACUCUAAGAUAUUUGUCUGUAAGGGUACACAGAACGGAUUACAUGACAAAAGCCUGGGAAAAUCAAUGUGGUUUCUUCACUUUUGUGGAGAAGGAUUUCCUUAGCUUCAAUAACAUGAAAUUCUCUACAUGUAAUGAAAGCUAUGUUGUCCCGAUGAUACAUGAAUGGGCAGUUGGUAAUACAGGCUGCAAUGAAGCAAGGGAAAGCAUAGAUGAAUAUGUGUGUGGCCAGAAUACUCAUUGCAUUGACUAUUAUCCAGCUCAGGGAUACAGAUGCAAAUGCAACAACGGCUACCGAGGCAACCCUUAUCUCCAUCAAGGCUGCCAGGACAUUGAUGAGUGUUCCAAUCGGGAAGAUAACAACUGCCCCGUGAAAACUCAUUGUGUUAACACAGAAGGCAGUUACUUCUGUUUGCCUAAUCGUACACGUAUGCUUGAACUGCUGAUCCCAUUAGGAACCGGCCUCGGUGUUGGUCUUCUAAUAUUAGUUGCCACUGGUAUCUGGACUUGGAGAAAGCUUAAACAAAUAAAUGAAAGAAAAAUGAAGCAGAAAUUUUUCAGGAGAAAUGGGGGUCUACUACUGCAACAGCAGGUAUUCUCAACCUGGGGAAGUGCACUACUUGAAUUGACACUUUUCAAGAUUGAGGAGCUGGAGAAGGCCACAGACAACUUCAGCAGAAGUCGUGUUCUAGGGAAAGGAGGACUUGGCACCGUCUACAAGGGAAUGUUAUCAGACGGAAGAAUAGUUGCCGUAAAGAAGGCUAACAUAAUCGCUGACAGUCAACAAGUUCAGUCAUUCAUAAAUGAGGUUUCCAUCCUGUCACAAAUCAACCACAGGCACAUAGUCAAGUUACUGGGCUGUUGUUUAGAAACUGAAGUUCCGUUGCUCGUUUAUGAAUACAUAUCUAACGGCACCCUGUCGCAUCACCUUCAUGAUGAGCCUAACAGCUCCUUAUUUUCUUGGGAGAAUCGGCUACGCAUUGCUGCUGAAGUUGCAGGGGCGCUAGCUUACAUGCACUCCUAUGCUUCAACAGCCAUAUUCCACAGAGAUGUAAAGUCGAGCAACAUAUUAUUAGACGAAAAUUACAAGGCUGUAGUAUCUGACUUUGGACUCUCAAGAUCAGUACCCAUUGACAAAACUCACUUGACAACAUUGGUAGGAGGCACAUUUGGUUAUCUGGACCCUGAGUACUUCAGGUCGGGAAAACUAAACGAAAAGAGCGAUGUUUAUGCUUUUGGGGUCGUUCUUGCUGAAAUCCUUACAGGACAAAAGGCCGUCUCCAACGAAGAUGAUGAGGGAUUGGCGUUUCGCUUUCGAUCAGCAGUUAAGGACGAUAAUUUGUUUCACAUUUUGGAUAAAGUAGUGGUUUCUGAAGGUAAGGAGGAGGAAAUUCUUCCACUGGCUAAGCUAGCUAAGAGAUGUUUGAAAAUAAAAGCGCAUAAUAGACCAAGUAUGAAAGAAGUGGCAGCAGAACUCGAUCAACUGAGAAAGACAAAGGAGGUUCCUGGACAUCAAGAGAGCUUAUGGAGAAAGUACAGUUCGGUGAAUGAGAACUGCCACAGGUUUAGCAUUGGUUCUGAAGCAGAGGAUGAUCAUCUUCUUCCCAUUUCAUUCUAGGCCUGCUAGAAAGUAUCACCAGGUAGUAAAAGUUUAGGCCAAAUUACAUGGUGAAAGUGUAAAAUAUUACAUUAGUUAUCAAAUUAUAUAUAUUAUUUUUGUUUGGAGUUUCAAUUUAAAAAUGG